AAACAAAAAGUCGCGCAUGGGACAGGAUUACGCAGCCGAUUCUGGCCCAACCCGGAAGUUUAUGUCGGGAACACGUGUUGGUGGGAAGGUGGCGGGGCAGGAGCCGCCGACCCCCCCAGUCUCUCCCGUCGCCUCCCCCGGGGGCUUCCCCGCCCGGCCGAGCCCUCCGGGGCCCCGCUGCUCCCGGAGAGCCCAACCGCGGCGACAGACACGGCCUCAAAGUCCAGGGACUCUUAACGAGCGCACCUCAAACAGAGGUUGCUAGGAGAUGGUGGAGCCAGGACAAGAUCUGUUGCUUGCUGCUUUGAGUGAGAGUGGAAUCAGUCCAAAUGAUCUCUUUGAUAUUGACUCUCCAGACGUGGUUCUUGCAAAUCCAGCACCAACUCCAGCUGUUCAGCAGUCAGUACCACUUAGUGCAUUAGAACUGGGCCUGGAGACUGAGGCUGCAGCUGCUGUGAAACAAGAACCAGAGACUGUGUCUACUCCAGCCUUAUUAAAUGUUCGGCAACCACCAUCCACCACAACCUUUGUGCUGAAUCAAAUAAAUCAGCUUCCAACUCUGGGGACAACAAUAGUGGUGACAAAAACGACGCCUGUCACGACCUCGAGGCAGACGAUCACUGUAGCAAAGAUCAUCCAGACCAGCACAACCACUCGGCCCUCGGUGGCAGCACCAGCAGUUCGCAAUGCCUUGACCACUGCACCUUCCAAGGACCAGAUUCAGCUGAAAGAUCUGCUCAAGAACAAUAGUCUUAAUGAACUCAUGAAAUUGAAGCCACCUCCUAAUAUUGCCCAACCAGUAGCAACAGCAGCAACUGACUUAAGCAAUGGUGCAGUGAAGAAGGAGGCUUCCACAAAAGAGGUAGCAAGAAUAUGGAUAAAUGACAUUAAAAUGAGAAGUUUUUCACCUACUGUGAAAGUGCCAGCAGUAAAAGAAGAGGAGGAACCCGAGGAAGAAGAUGAAGAAGAAAUGGGCCAUGCAGAGACCUACGCUGAAUAUAUGCCAAUAAAAUUAAAAAUUGGUCUACGUCAUCCUGACCCAGUAGUGGAAACCAGCUCGUUAUCCAGUGUGACUCCUCCUGAUGUGUGGUACCAGACAUCAAUAUCAGAGGAAACCAUUGACAGUGGCUGGUUGUCAGCUUUGCAGCUCGAAGCAAUCACUUAUGCAGCCCAGCAACAUGAAACAUUCCUGCCCAAUGGAGACAGAGCUGGAUUCUUGAUAGGUGAUGGUGCUGGUGUAGGAAAAGGAAGGACCAUAGCUGGAAUAAUCUAUGAAAAUUACUUGUUAGGCAGAAAAAGAGCAGUCUGGUUUAGCGUGUCAAAUGAUCUGAAAUACGAUGCUGAAAGAGAUUUGAGAGAUAUUGGAGCAAAAAACAUAUUGGUCCAUUCAUUAAACAAGUUCAAGUAUGGGAAGAUUUCUUCCAAACAUAAUGGAAGUGUGAAGAAAGGUGUCAUCUUUGCUACCUAUUCUUCUCUUAUUGGGGAAAGUCAGUCUGGUGGUAAAUACAAAACCAGAUUAAAGCAGCUCCUUCACUGGUGUGGUGAAGACUUUGAUGGAGUUAUCGUAUUUGACGAGUGUCACAAAGCAAAGAAUCUGUGUCCUGUUGGUUCAUCAAAACCAACAAAAACAGGUCUGGCUGUACUGGAACUUCAAAAUAAACUUCCAAAAGCCAGGGUUGUUUAUGCCAGUGCCACAGGUGCAUCUGAGCCAAGAAACAUGGCAUAUAUGAACCGUCUUGGAAUAUGGGGUGAAGGAACUCCGUUUAGGGAAUUCAGUGAUUUUAUUCAGGCUGUUGAAAGAAGAGGUGUUGGUGCCAUGGAAAUAGUUGCUAUGGAUAUGAAGCUGAGAGGAAUGUACAUAGCCAGACAGUUGAGUUUUUCAGGUGUAACUUUCAAAAUCGACGAAGUUCUGCUCUCACAGGAAUAUGUUAAAAUGUACAAUAAAUCUGUGAAACUGUGGGUCAGUGCUCGAGAGAGGUUUCAGCAAGCGGCCGAUCUCAUCGAUGCAGAGCAGCGCAUGAAAAAGUCCAUGUGGGGUCAGUUCUGGUCAGCUCACCAGAGGUUUUUCAAGUACCUUUGCAUAGCCUCGAAGGUGAAGAGGGUGGUGCAGCUGGCUCGGGAAGAAAUCAAGAAUGGCAAAUGCGUUGUCAUUGGCCUGCAGUCGACAGGAGAAGCAAGAACAUUGGAAGCUUUGGAGGAAGGUGGUGGAGAACUCAAUGACUUUGUUUCUACAGCAAAAGGAGUAUUCCAGUCUCUUAUUGAAAAGCACUUUCCAGCUCCAGACAGGAAGAAGCUGUUUAGCUUGUUGGGAAUUGACCUGACUGCUCAAAGUAAUAACAAUUCACCUCGAGACAGCCCUUGCAAGGAGAACAAAGUAAAGAAACGAAAAGGUGAAGAAAUAAGCAGAGAAGCCAAAAAAGCCCGCAAAACAGGUGGCCUUGCAGGUAGCAGCUCUGAUGAGAGUGAGAGUGAGUCUGAUGCCUCAGACAAUGAAGAAAGUGACAAUGAGAGCUCCAAAUUUUUGAGUUCUGGAGAUGAUGAUGACUUCAACCCGUUCAGAGAUGAAUCCAGUGAAGAUGAUGAAGAUGAUCCCUGGUUGAUUAGAAAAGAACAUAAAAAAAAUAAAGAAAAGAAAAAGAAGAAAAGCAUAGACCCAGAUUCUAUUCAAAGUGCCUUACUAGCCUCUGGUCUGGGAUCCAAACGACCCAGCUGUUUCACUUCCACUGUUGGAACCACCACUUCUAGUACCAACACGUCUGCAAACAGUAACACAAACAGCAGCUUUGUAACGAGUCAGGAUGCUGUUGAAAGGGCCCAACAAAUGAAAAAAGAACUGCUGGAUAAACUGGAAAAGCUGGCUGAAGAUCUUCCACCUAAUACACUGGAUGAGCUUAUAGAUGAACUGGGUGGUCCUGAAAAUGUUGCAGAGAUGACGGGCCGCAAAGGCAGAGUGGUGAGCAAUGAUGAUGGCAGCAUCUCGUACGAGUCAAGGUCUGAACUCGAUGUGCCCGUUGAAAUCCUGAACAUCACAGAAAAGCAGAGGUUCAUGGAUGGAGAUAAGAACAUUGCCAUCAUCUCGGAGGCUGCCAGCUCUGGUAUCUCACUGCAAGCAGACCGCAGGGCCAAGAACCAGAGGCGGAGGGUUCACAUGACCCUGGAGCUGCCGUGGAGCGCGGACAGAGCAAUCCAGCAGUUUGGAAGAACUCAUAGAUCCAACCAAGUGACUGCUCCAGAGUAUGUGUUCCUCAUCUCUGAACUGGCAGGAGAGCAAAGAUUUGCAUCUAUAGUUGCUAAAAGAUUGGAGAGUUUGGGAGCCCUCACCCACGGGGACAGACGGGCCACAGAAACUCGAGACCUCAGCAGAUUCAAUUUUGACAACAAGUAUGGCAGAAAUGCUCUGGAGAUUGUUAUGAAAUCCAUUGUGAACUUGGACUCCCCAAUGGUCUCACCUCCUCCUGAUUUUCCUGGAGAUUUCUUCAAAGAUGUUCGUCAAGGAUUGAUUGGCGUAGGCUUGAUAAAUGUAGAGGACAGAUCUGGAAUACUGACACUUGAUAAAGAUUACAACAAUAUAGGGAAAUUUCUGAAUCGAAUUCUUGGCAUGGAAGUCCAUCAGCAGAAUGCUUUGUUCCAGUACUUCUCUGACACGUUAAAUGCAGUUAUUCAAAAUGCUAAAAAGAAUGGAAGAUAUGACAUGGGCAUCUUAGAUUUGGGCUCUGGGGAUGAGAAAGUGAGGAAGGCAGAUGUUAAGAAGUUUUUAACUCCUGGAUAUUCUACCUCUGGACAUGUAGAGCUGUACACAAUCAGUGUGGAGAGAGGAAUGUCUUGGGAUGAAGCAACAAAGAUCUGGGCAGAACAGACAGGUCCAGAUGAUGGAUUUUAUUUAUCAUUACAGAUAAGAAAUAACAAGAAGACAGCAAUUCUAGUAAAAGAAGUGAAUCCUAAAAAGAAGCUUUUUUUGAUAUACAGACCAAAUACUGGGAAACAACUCAAGCUAGAAACAUGUGCAGACCUGAAAAAGAAAUAUAAGAAGGUACCUUCUGAGGAUGCUCUGCCACACUGGCUGGAGCAGUACAACUCCUCUGCAGACACCUGCACCCACGCCUACUGGAGAGGCAAUUGCAAGAAGGCAGGCCUGGGGCUGGUGUGUGAGGUGGGGCUGCGCUGCAGAACCUACUACGUGCUGUGUGGCUCCGUGCUGAGCGUGUGGACAAAGGUGGAAGGAGUCCUGGCCUCGGUCAGCGGCACAAACGUGAAAAUGCAAAUCGUUCGCCUGAGGACAGAGGAUGGGCAGAGGAUCGUAGGUUUGAUCAUUCCUGCAAAUUGUGUGUCACCCCUCGUGAACCUCCUGUCGACGUCCGACCAGUCGCAGCAGCUCGCAGUGCAGCAGCAGCAGAUCUGGCAGCAGCACCACCCCCAGAGCAUCACCAACCUCAACAACGCAUAAGAGGACAAGCUACAGGUGUUGACUUUGGUGUUUGAGGAAAAGGCUGUAAAAGCAUAUCACUUGCAUAAAAAUCAGGGACAGAUUCCAAAGAAAUAUAACUUUUUCAGUUCAGUUGUGUCUCGAAUACUUUGGGAAUAAAGAGAUCUAAAAAGGUUGGUAGAACUGAAAGCCAGCAGUUGUUUAUGGUGGUGCAUCUGUCUUUCCUUAUGCUCUCUGUAGUGCUUCCUGUUUGCUUUUACUUUUGGCCUUUUAAGCUACAAACCACAAUUUGUUUGAAAAUGCUUGAAAAUCCCCAAGCAGGCUUUAUUUUUAUCUUGUCAUACAGUGCUCAGGGUUUAACGCAGUGCAUCGAUGCCAUUGCUGUGGGAGAUCUCGAAUGCAUGUAUUGAGUAUAUAUAUAGAAAAUAUAUAUUGGGUUUUUCUCUUCAAUUUGAGUUUAUAAAAGCAUGAAACCUAGAGGUUGCACAUCAUGCAUUCAGGUUCCUUCCCAGUUUCUGUUUGACAGUGCAUGUCUUUGGAAACGGGCAUGGACAGCAUAAACACACGAGACAGGAAUUCAGAGAGAAACACAAUCUUAGUUGUACAGCAUUGGUUAUUGCAUUUUUAUAGUGUUUAUACCCAGGUGUUGCAUUUUUUCUGGUUCUCUCCUGGGAGUUAUAUAUUUGAGUCUACAACAUGUUCUUUUUGUGAUAAACAUCUUAAAUUAAAAUUAGUUCAUUUUUAAUGUAUUAAUGGUAUUCCUAAUGUGUACUGCAAAGAUGGCUGGAUGCCUGUUUUCCUUAAAUUGAAGCAUUUCCUUAAUCUGAGGUGGUUAUGGAAACUUAAGUGCAAAUUCACUUCCAUCUGGCAUACAAUCUUAUAUUUUUUACUUCAUUAACGUAAUUUAAUUUGUCACUUGUAAGAUGAAACCUUACUUGAGCUGUAAAUUAGAGAAUGGGAAACACUUGAGGGUUCCGCUGUAUGUGCUGUUUCUGUUAUGUUUAAUAUGUUGUAAGACAUUGUAGAGUUUAUCUGGAGCUGUUUAAAAGAAAUUGUAAUGUACAAAUGUGAAUAGUCACUUAUCUAUAAUAUGGGUAAGUUUUGUUUUGCCUAUAAUAGUAGAUGUUUAUAAGAAAGUGAAGGACAAUGUUUGUCAUUUCUUGCUUGCACAGGUUGCACUAUUGAAAAAUUGAGAUUGUAUAAACCUGUCCAAAAAACUACAAGAUAAUGAUCUUGUAGAUGUCAAAUAAAAGUUAUUGUACUAACAA